UGUGCGGUCACAUGCAAAGCAAAGAAAGAGAGAGAGAGAGCACUGAGAGAGAGCACAAAUCAUAUGAAAGAGAGUAAAGCCAGUUGCCUGCAGUGCAAGCGCAUAAGAAGACAUCAUAUGUAUAUCUUACUCGCUCGCUCGCGACCAGUUGGACCUGAUGUCUGCAAACAUUUUCUGCCCACUUUUGUUGCUCGGCAUGUCCAGUCAAUAUGUUGUUUGGUUAGUGCUGUAAAGAUCUGUAAAGCAACGUGACGUACUUACCUUUGAUAUAGAUGUAAAAGAAUGUUUUGUCAAAUUUAGAAAUUAUGCUAGUCAAAACGUGUUCAACUCAAUUGACUUUGUUUAUCCUCCUGGCAAACUUUAGCGUGCAGACAAAAUUAGCAAUGGGCAAAUCGAUCGUGUCGCUCAACCCGGAGAGUUUUGAAAGCGCCUCGAAAAGUCGCACUUUUUUCGUUGAGUUUUACGUGCCAGGAUGUCCGAGCUGUUCCCGUUUGUACGUGCUGUUAACUAACUUGCUGGCCAUCAUCGAGAAUAGCUCCACUAGUAAUAAUAAUAAUAUCACAAUUGCCGCCAUGGACUGUGGAAAACAUGAAAAGUUUUGUAGCGCAAAAAAUAUAAGCAGCUAUCCAAGUUUAGCGCUAUUCGAAAAGGGCGGCACGCGAUACAAACUGUUCAACGGAUCCGCCGAGCUCUACACAUUGAUCAAGUUCUUGAGCCUGCAAAAUAUAUACAAUUAUCCGGCGGUUCGCGAACGCAGAGCCGAUACGAGCUGCACGCCCGGCCGUGUGCUCAAACUGAAGUCGGAUACGUUCCGUGCGGCAAUUGCCAGCGGGCGAUUUUUUAUCAAAUUUUACUCAUCCACGUGCCACUACUGCAAGGAACUGGCGCCCAUUUGGACGGAACUGGCCAAAGGAUUAACCGAGCAGACCUUAUGUAUUGCCGAGUACGAUUGCGUGUCGGACAGAUCCAUUUGCAAUGAACUGAACAUAAAAACUGUGCCGACCAUUCUCUGGUUCCAGGACGGUCGACUUGUCCAAAGGUAUAAGGGAGCGCGGCACAUCGAUAGCCUGCGCACCUUUGUCGAGGAGAUGCUCAAUGGAACCUACAGGUCGGCGGCGGCAACUCUGGCAACAAUCACCGUCAAUCACAGUCAGACCAUAAUGUGUACCUCACUUGUCUUUGUUUACAUUUACAUAACGUAAGACUAUUGCCCAUAAUUUGUCUCUGUCUUCGCUUCUAGAAUAUCAAUAUAUAUAUAUAUAGGGUAUCUUUCAUGUCAUAGCUAUCGCAAACUCCUCCCGACCUCCAUUAUAGGGAUCGGUACCCUCGAUUGCCAUUACAAAAUUCAAAUUCUACAUUUUUGAGCCAAGUUCAACAAAAAAUGCAUGUUUUUUCUCAAAAUCGAUGCGUUUUUAAAGAGUUGUUGACAAAAAAACGAUUUCCUUGUGAAAUCAACUUUCUCUUGGGAUUCCCUUUUUUCGCAUAUUUCGCCCAAAUAAUAUUCGAUUUUGGAAUUUUAUAUUCUUUUUGGAUUUCAGCAUCGAUUGGCAUUAGGAAAUAUAAAAAUCGAAAUUUUGAACCAAAUUGACAAACAAAAUCAAGGGGUUACAUUAGGUUUUCUCAAAUUCUGGGUUGGUUCGAAAAUCAAAAACUUUUUUGAUGAUUUCAUUCUUGAAUAUCUCGGGUAAAUA